AUGUUCGAAGCCGUCCCUAUACGUCCAGAAGCUAAGAGAAACGUUUUAGGACCAAUCCACAAAGCUGGCUUCCUGUCCGACACGGCGAUUUACGCCCUAAGCGCUGAUCAGCAACUCUCAAUAUAUCCGCUCAACACCCCGGAGUCCAAUGAUAGAGGUGUCAUUCAACCGAUAUCAUUUGGUGAUCUCCGGCCAACAGCUCAGUGCGAUUAUGUGAUUGAUGUUCUCCGAGAUCUUCAUCAGCCUUAUGUAGUGGCAGGAUCAAAUCUCAGCGAUCCUCAUAUCGACCUUGUCCCUCUAACCGCCAAUCCUAGGUUCGCCCUCUCGACGCAGAACGUCGUUCGUGUGCAAGGAGCUCAUGGCGAGGAGAUCGUCCGAUCAGCCUAUCUAGACAGAUCAGCCGAGACCAUUUUCACUGCUGGAGAAGAUGGGUGCGUUAAAAGCUUCCGAGCUACAGAUCGAUCGGUUGAAGCAGCCGGACAGCAAGGAUCAUUUGUAAAAGAAACCAAGAAAGGCAAGGCUGGCCGCUUCAAGCCCUACUGA